AUGUAUCGUGUUGGUCAUUCACCAGUAUCGCGAUCGGCAACAUUAGCUUACAAUAGUCGGCGAAAUGUCUCUUCGCAUUGUGAUAUAUAUGAAAAGCACACAUUACAACAUUACAUCGAUGAAGAUCCUCGCGAAGAUAAAAGUGCGAGUGUGACAACAAUACCAAAUUUGUCCAAGAAGCACGCCAAUAAUCAAAAUAAUAAUAGAAAUAAUAAUAACAGUAACAAUAAUAAUACGUCAACAAAAGACCAGAUGCAAAAAAAUAGAAUUAUGGAACUGAAUUCUUUAUAUCAUCAGUUGUGGUAUCGAUUUUCACAUACAUCUGAUGGUCGACCAGACACGACAAUUGUUCGCUACCAACAAAGUAAAGAACUUCCUAAAGAUUUUGUUCCAUUUGAUGUUGAAAAACUUUUCACAGAACGUCUUCUGAAAGCCGUUGAUAUUGAUCCGAAAUUGAUGAAAGAAAUUUGUUAA